AUGGAGCCCUUCCUCAGGAAGAGGCUGGCCUUCCUUUCCUUUUUCUGGGACAAGAUCUGGCCGACCGACGCGCCUCGGUUCCCGGACCCGGACGCUGACCUGGAACCGGAGCCCGCCGCAGAGGAGCCCAGUACCGCGGAGCCUUGCAGUCCCCCGGCGCCCGCGCAGCCCUUCAGGGCGCUGUCCGACUUCACGGCGCGGAGCGCGGAGGAGCUGAGCGUCAGCCGCGGGGACAGGCUCCACGCCCUCAGGGAGGAGGGCGGCUGCAUUCUGGCCCGCAAACUCUCGGGCUGGCCCUGCACUGGCCUGGUGCCCAUCACCUACGUGGCCAAGGUGGCCCCUGAGACGCUCUCGGACCAGCCCUGGUACUUCAGUGGCAUCAGCCGAACCCAGGCCCAGCAGUUGCUCCUGUCCCCCCCCAACGCACCGGGAGCCUUCCUUGUCCGGCCCAGCGAGAGCAGCCAUGGGGACUACUCACUGUCAGUCCGGGCCCAGACCAAAGUCUGCCACUACCGCAUCUCCACGGCGGCCGAUGGCAGCCUCUACCUGCAGAGGGACCGGCUCUUUCCCAGUCUGGAUGAGCUGCUGGCAUAUUACAAGGCCAACUGGAAGCUGAUACAGAGCCCACUGCUGCAGCCCUGCACACUCCAGAAGUCCCUUGAGCAGGACGAGUGGGAGCGGCCCCACUCGGAGUUCACCCUGCGGAGGAAGCUGGGCGAAGGCUACUUCGGGGAGGUGUGGGAAGGCCUGUGGCUGGGCUCCAUGCCCGUGGCGGUCAAGGUCAUCAGACCAGGCGAUGUGAAGCUCGCGGACCUGGCCCAGGAGAUCCAAACGCUCAAGAGCCUGCGGCAUGAGCGCCUCAUCCGGCUUCAUGCGGUGUGCUCGGCGGGUGAGCCCGUGUACAUCGUCACCGAGCUCAUGCGCAAGGGCAGCCUGCAGGCCUUCCUCGGCAGCCCCGAAGGCCAGGCCCUGAGCCCACCCCUCCUGCUGACCUUUGCCUGUCAGGUGGCCGAGGGCAUGAGCUACCUGGAGGAGCAGCGCAUCGUGCACAGGGACCUGGCUGCCAGGAACGUGCUCGUGGGCGACGACCUGGCCUGCAAGGUGGCCGACUUUGGCCUGGCCCGCCUGCUCAAGGAUGACGUCUACUCCCCGCGCAGCGGCUCCAAGAUCCCCGUCAAGUGGACAGCGCCCGAGGCAGCCAACUACCGCGUGUACUCGCCCAAGUCUGACGUCUGGUCCUUCGGGGUUCUGCUCUACGAGGUCUUCACAUAUGGCCGGUGUCCCUAUGAAGGGAUGAGCAACCAUGAGACUCUACAGCAGAUCUCACGGGGGUACCGGCUCCCACGCCCGGCUGCCUGCCCGGCUGAGGUCUACGCGCUCAUGCUGGGGUGCUGGAGGCGCUGCCCGGAAGAGCGGCCGGACUUCACCACACUGCGGGAGAAGCUGGGUGCCGCGAGCAGGCGCCACCGCCCCACCCUCACAUGA